CUGUUCUCCACUCAUUGUCAGUUUCAUUCGUUCAUCCAUGCAAUGGUAAAUGGGUACGUAAAUGUAAGCAGCUACCAUGGAAAAUGAGAGGUUAAUAAAAACCGUUCAAACAGCCUUCAAAUUGUCUGGUCUGAACAUAAACAGGAAAUGCUGUCUUCAUUUAGCGCGUCAAUUGCGAAAUAUUGAUGCAGCGGAGCACGAGCACUGGAUAUGUCGAAUAGUCGAGUAUGUCCUGGCACAGGAUUUAGUUGAGCCAUGCGUUAGUGUGGAUCACAUAAAGGUGGCUCUCAAGGAGUGCUUUAGACCAAGCAAUAGUCUCCAAGAGACUGAAACAAUCCUGAACGUUCUCGACGGUUUCAGAGUACCAAAGAUAAAAUACGAUGUCACGAACAAGAAAUUUGUCAUCGAGCAGAGCGUUCCCAAUUUGUUUUCAGAACCUGUCGAUAAAUCUCUGGUAAUCAAGGAACGACUCGAGCUCCUAUGGCACAGGACCAUGCAGAAUGAGCUCUUUGCUCCUGUCAAAUUUGGUGAAGUGGACACAGUCAGAGUGAAGCUACGUCAAAUAGAGUAUCUACUAAGUCUCUCUGAGGCUAAAGAUGUCUACGUUAUAGGCAUGUUAGCUCAGCUGACCGAAAGACAGUAUUACCUGGAAGAUGCAAGCGGAUAUGUCAAAAUUGAUCUCAGUCAAGCAGACUAUCAAGCACAUCUUAUAACCGAGGGUUGUGUAGUUCUGGUACGAGGAGACUACGAAGAUAGGGUACUUGUCGUAAAAACCAUAGGAUUUCCACCGUUCGAGACAUCGACAGAAAGUCGCGCGCGUUUCGGAACGGCGAACACCUUUGGUGGUCAUCAUCCAGUGUCGCUGAAAACAUCGGAGAAGUUGAGAAAUUUUGAGGAGAACAACCCAGAUGAGAUGAUUGUGUUCAUAUCUGAAUUAUGGGUCGACGACCAGAUAGUACUUGAAAAACUCAAGCUCAUGUUAGAGGAGUUCUCAAAUUUUCCCCCAGUGGCUUUUGUGAUAUGUGGGAAUUUUCUAAGCUUUCCACCAAACGUAACCAGUUCACAGAAACUGAAGGAAGGCUUCAACAGAUUGGCUGAUAUAAUUGCAGGCUAUCCAGAGAUUGUUCAGAACAGUAAAUUCGUCCUUAUUCCUGGGCCACACGAUCCUGGGGCACCAAGAAUAUUCCCAAGAGCACCCAUACCUGGUUACGUAGUUGAGGAUUUCAUCAAGGCCAUUCCUAAAACUGUUCUGGCAACAAAUCCCUGUAGAAUUCAGUACUGUACAAAGGAAAUAGUAGUUUUCAGAGAAGAUAUUCUUACUAAGUUAUGCAGGAACACUUUAUACCUUCCCGACGAUGCGGAUAUCCCCAAAGACUAUGCCAAAUCGAUAAUCUCGCAAUCCCACUUGACCCCUAUGGCCCUACCUACAGUGCCUAUUUACUGGAAGCACGAUCAAGCGUUACAGCUUUAUCCAACGCCAGAUCUCAUAGUCGUGGCUGAUCAGUUUGAGCCUUACAACACUGAGUACAACGAAUGUUUUGUUGUAAAUCCAGGAGUGUUUUCGAAAAAUGAUUUUCCAUUCAAAGUCUACAUACCAGGAGAAAAUAAAAUCGAAGAUUCUGAGAUGGAAAAAGAAGAUCAGAGCUAACGAUCUGUCAAUAUUUUGGUCGUUAUUUUCUUUUUUUGUUUACAGGCUUAAGAUGAUACCUUUAAACAACAAUUUUCAACAAAACAAGAUUUCUAACCAAAUGAAAAAUAAUGUAAAUUUCAUACUUCACGGUAUAGCUUGAUCAUUCCUGUUUAUCAAACAUGAUGUGUACUUCGCUAUAAUUUUGUACAAUAUUUAUUAUUAUUAUUACUAUUUCUUUCAUUUUUCACAGGACAAUUAUGAAUGUUUGUUCUCUGUCGUUUUUCACCCCUUGUCGCGAACUUUUACAAUACUUGAUUCGUCGGCGCGUUUUCAUGUUCGCAACUUAAAGUGGGCAUUUUCCUUUUAGUUUACUUUUUCUUUCAACUUAGAAAUAACAGCGUGUAAUCAUUAUUAUAAUUAUGAUUAAGUUAACAAUACAAGUACAGACCUAAUAGUAAUUGUAAUAUUAUUUAUAACUAACUAUAGUAGUGUGAUAAUAUUAAUAUUAAUUGUAAUUACGAUAAUUAAAUAAAAUCAGAAAAAUAAUAAUAAUUUAAUCACUCGUCGGUAGGGUACUGGGGCAUGAGUGAGAGGCAAAGAGGAAGAGGAUUGAUACGUGCAAAUUUGUCGUCGCAAGGCUACCUCGUUUUCAUAUACCUAUACCUAUACCUAUACCCAUGUAUGUACAUACUUAUACAUACAGAUAACGAAUAAACUGGAUG